AUGGGUUUGGCACUUAGAAACUGCAUCUCUCUCCUCUUUGUCAUAGUGCUUUUGCCUGCACUGUGUUAUAGCCAAUACACUUAUGUCUCCUCUAGAGCAACCUAUUAUGGUAGUCCUGAUUGCUUAGGAACUCCUACUGGAGCUUGCGGGUUUGGUGAAUAUGGGAAAACUGUGAAUAAUGCUGAAGUGACUGGAGUCUCUAGGCUUUACAGGAAUGGAACUGGUUGUGGUGCAUGCUAUCAGGUUAGGUGCAAGGUGCCACAGCAUUGCAGCGACGAAGGGACAAAGGUGGUGGUGACAGACUACGGUGAAGGAGACAACACAGACUUUAUCCUCAGUUUACGUGCCUACGCAAAACUGGCUCGUCCAAACAUGGCCUUAGAGCUAUUCUCAUAUGGGGUAGUUGAUGUAGAAUACAGAAGAAUUCCUUGCCAAUAUGCAGGUUACAAUCUCAUGUUCAAAAUCCAUGAGCACAGCAAGUACCCUGAGUAUCUGGCCAUAGUGAUGCUGUAUCAAGCUGGUGUAAAUGAUGUCAUAGCAGUCCAAGUGUGGCAGGAGGAUUGCAAGGCGUGGAGGGCCAUGCGUAAUGCCUAUGGUGCAGUAUGGGACAUGCAGAACCCACCGCUGGGUGCACUUACCUUGAGGUUUCAAGUGAGUGGCUAUGGAGAAGUGAAGUGGGUGCAGCCAAGUAGUGUGAUUCCAAGUGAAUGGAAGGCUGGGGUUGCUUAUGACACUACGAUUCAGCUUACUUAAAAGCUCCAUUAAAUCCCAAUAUCUACAUAUCUAGCUAUG